CCCCCCCCCAACCCCGGGCCACGCAAAACAUCCAGUGCAACUUGUCAGACAGUUGGAUUAAAUGUUUAAGGAAACAAACAAUCAUCAGAACAACCAUUUCGGUUUUGUUUUCUGUGAAUGUGCAGUGGAAACAUGGUCACGAUGCAUUUCCCCAAACGCCCUUGCUUUAGACGCCAGUUUUGACUGGUUAUUUGCAGUAGAAAUUGGCCAAACUUUGGAGCCCCUUUCAGGGCAAUGUUGCUUUGCUUUUAAAGUGUCUCGAAAGAGGGGGAGAUCGGCCUUUAAUUUUUCAUUGACUGGUUGGGAGUACGUCCGGUUAUCUCAGUUUAAUUGAUUCCCCCAGCAUUUUUUGUGAAUUCGAUUGUAUUUUAUUGCUUUUAAACACUUAUUCCAUCUCCAGCCGCUUUGCCGCCGUGAUCAUUUUGUUAUUUUCUUAUUGCCAAACAUUUAUAUAUACCUCGCUAUUAAGGGCUGGAAGUAGUGUUACGAAUUCGAUAUAUAAGCGCCUCGAUUAUUUUGCUUCCGCCUUGUAAAUUGACGUGUUUCUGUAAGCUUUGUUUCCUGCAUCUCACGAACUUGUUGGAAGUCAGCAGAAGUUCUCCAUCAGCGAUAAGCGCCCCCGAUCUCUGCCGUUUGACUCCCGUUUAGAGCCAUGAGUUUAUCGCCUCUGCAUUAGCAAAUCUUGAUGCGCGCUUCCUCCUCUUUUAAAUACACGUCCAGUAUUCGUGUUGCUAGAAUUAACCCUCUUUAUAUUUCGCCGUGGCCUGGAAACUGCAUCGAGGUGGAGAGCAAAACAUUUUCCUUUAGGAAAACAAAAAUAAAGAAAACGGAAGCGAUGACCGCUGCUUGUAACUGUUAUUACUGCUGUUAAUGUGUUUCUUAAACGCAAUUCACUUGCAUUGCCUUCUUUUUUCUCGUUUAUAAAUAGAUCAGUAAACAGUACUGUUCGGCACAGCCCACAUACGGUAUUGUCUGAAGUUUAGGAUGAAGGAAGAUAUGAGAUUAAUAAUUAAAGGAAAAAGUUUAACCCCUAGGCUCCAUUGGGAGCAGUGCAUUUUCAACCACUCCUUGUGUUUUUUAAAUGCAUUUUCUUAGUUUUAAGGUAGAAAUCGAAGACCCGACUUUUCAGUCUGUUUACCCACCUCCGGACCGACUUCACUUGUGUUUAUAACAAUCAUCGUUACAAUAAACCGUGAUUUUAGGUUUCAGGUACUGUAUUGGACAUUUGGGUUUUCCCGUAUAUCAAAUUAAUUUCGUGAGACAAUGGCACCACCUGCAAAAUAUCCACAAUCUGGAAUCUAGGUUUAUUGUGUCGCUCUGCUUUAAAUUGCAGUGGAUUAGUGCAGUGUAAUAUUAAUCGUGAAACUGCACGAGUACUGUACGCACAGUAAACCCUUUUUGUUGUUGUGGUGUUCACUUAGUUUAAUUUAUACGCAAAGUGAGGAAGGUAACACGCAGAGUAUCACUUUAAAAUGUGCUCUGUGACACAGCAGUGAUUGCAGUAGACAGGCAUGGAGGCUCCGCCGAACCGCCCAUUAACUGGUCGGCGACUACACUUAAAUUUGGAGGGAUUAGCGUUAAAGACACAGCGGCCCUUUUUUUUUUUCUUUCAUUCCGCCUUUCCGCUUGACCAUGCGUCUCCAUGACCGUGGGUACUCCUUAGUCUGUAGCGUUUAUAGGCACAAAAAGACCGCUAAAACUGUAUGUGUCACUGUGUGUAAUGCAAGAUAUUUUGAAGCAGCGAUUCAGCUUCAGGAGACCGUGAAGAGGAAACUGGAUAGCGCCCGCUCGCCACUGAAUGGGGAGCACAAUGGGAUUUGUGACGGGAGCUUCUCUCCGAAUGCGAAAAGGGUGCGGAAGGACGGUGUCGCCGGAGGCAUGGACUCGCUGGCUAGCUUGCCAAACAGCGUGCCCCCAGUGCCCGCAGUCUCACCCCUCCACCAAUUGGACAUCAAACCCCAGCUUCCAUUGACAAAAAACACCAACAGCAGCAACGUACAUGUCCCUAACCGAGCCGAGGAUCUACCGAAGAAUGGUGGACUGCCAGACCUUAAGCUUCAGGUCAACGGCUCUCUUGAUUUGGAUGAAGGCUUUAGCCAUCUCCAAAACAAGGAGAUGAAGCAGGAGCCCCUGGACGACCCUGCUGGCAUCGAAUCCUCGGACACCUCUCUCUCCAACCAAAAUAAACUCUUCUCAGACAUCAAUCUCAAUGACCAAGAGUGGCAAGAGCUUAUCGAUGAGCUGGUCAACACGGUGCCCGAGGAUGACAUGCAUGACUUGUUCAACGAGGAUUUCGAGGAGAAGAAGGAGCCGGAGUUCCCCAGGCCAGCUGCACAGACACCCCUCCCCCAGGAGCCCCCUCCUGUAGCCUCUUCUCAGAAUAACCAGAUACCCAUGGGGUCCCCGCAGGUCCGGCCAUCUUCUUCGGGCCCGCAAUUUGGCACAGCGGCAAAUAGCACUCCACCUCAGCAAACACAACUACAGCAACCACCUCCUGUUUCUAUAGCAUCAAGCUCACCUGUCAAUUGUGUGGCACGGUCACCUCAAACUCCCAAUCAAGGUCAGACUCAGUCGUCCCGGCCUGGGAAUGGUUUUUUGAUUAAUCCUGGCUCAGGGGUGCUUCCAGGGUCUGCUUCAGGGUCUGUUGGGGCGUCAGGGGCUACCGGGGUGGGCAGUACAUUCCCCAUGCCUCCGACUACAGCGGAACUGUCUUCGGCUGAGCAGCUGAAGCAGAUGGCCGCUCAGCAGCGGGCGAAACUCAAUCAGCAGAAGCAGCAGCAGCAACAACAGCAGCAGCAGCAAUCGUCCCAAGCAGCUAACUGGUCCCCUGCCGGGCCUCCUACCAGUCCGUAUGGCGGGCCUUUCAACUCGGACAAGCCAAAUAGCCCCAUGAUGUACCCGCAAGCCUUCAAUACCCAGAACCCAAUGGUGCCUGUGAUGGGGAACAACCCCCAGAAGGCUGCCAUGAACAGCUACCUCCCUCAGAACCACAUGAACAUGAUUAGCCAACAGCCAAACAACAUGGGUCAAAACGUGUUGAGUAAACAGCAGGGCAAUGUUCUCUCGUACAGCAACACUAAGCCCCUGAGCCACUUCAGCGCUGUGAACCACAUGGGCCAGAGGAUGACCCCGCCUGUGGCUAACCCUGCCAAGAACUCCACCAUGCCUUACAUGCAGCUUCCGGCGGGGCAAGGCGCGGGCCAGCCGCAGGUGCCCGCUCAAGCCCAGGGCCAGAUACCCGGCCAAGCGGCCCACCUGAGCGAGGAGAGGAAGCGAAUUCUGCUCAUGAAUCAAAAGCAGCAGGGGUUGUCCUACAGCAACAUGCCACCUCAUGGACAAGAGCAGACCCUGGGUGUGGGCAUUCCCCGGCAGCCCGGUGGCACUCAGCAGUCCAUGCCGGGCCCUGGAGGCGUGGCCCCGGGCCCCGGCUCCAACCCCGGGGCCCCCAGCUACCUGGGGAGUGCGCAGCAGGCGGCCAUGAUGAAGCAGAUGCAGAUGGAGCAGGAGAAACGCACCCAGCUGCACCUGCUGGAGCAGCAGAAGCGACAGAUCCUGCGGGAGCAGAGGCAGCAGCUGCUCGUGGAGCAGAUGCAGCAGCAGCAGCAGCAGCACCUCCCCAGGCCGAUGUCUCAGCCGCAGAGACAUCCGUACCCCGUGCAGCAGGUCAACCAAUUCCAGGGCACACCGCAGGAAAUGGCGGCGAGGAACCAGGCACUGGCGUCCAUCCGGAACGCCCAGCUGAUGCAGCAGCAACAACAGCAGCAGCAGGGGCAGGGGCAGGGCAUGCUGCAGAUGCCCCCGGUGCAGAUGUCUGGCUCCAUGCCCGUUCAACCAGCAGGGGGCGCCCCCUCCUCCGACCUCAACAUGGCCUACAACACGCAGCCUGGCAGCCAGCAGGGCAUGUACGGCCUGAACCCCGGCAUGAACCAAAUGCUGCAGCAUCCAAACCAAAGCGGAAUGGGCGUGGCCCACAAUCCGGCCCCCGCGCAGAGACAGGCAGGAGGCGGGGCCCCGGGGACGGCCCUGGGGGGCGGCUAUGGACAGGGCAUGUUGAUGAACCCCGCUAUGUCUCAGCAACCCUUGAAGGGGCCCUCGGUCACCCCGCCCAUCGCCAAGGCCCAGGCGCAAAGACUGCAGAGCAUGAUGGGAGGGGGAAAUCCGGGCGCCCAGAACUGGCAGCAGCAACAGCAGCAGAAGCUGCAGGCUUUGGGGGGCCGGACUAGUGGGGAGAUGGUGGCCUUCAGCAGCGGCACACCGUACGCCAUGCAGCCGGGGCAGCCUCGCAUGCCCAAGCAGCACUUUCCGCAGCCUGUGGUAGACCCCCGGGCCAUGAACCCGGCCAUGGGCGGGCAGAUGAUGCCCCAGAUGGCGGGCCAGGUGAGGACCAAUCAGCCGCGGCCCAUGGUGAUGCCCGGCGUGGCUCAGGCCAUCCCCAACAUGACUACUUUCAGCCAGGGCGGCGGGCAGCCUAUGGCGCCCUCUGCUGGCUCCUACGUACAGGGCGGCCAGCAGCAGAGCUACCAGCGGACGCCGGGUCAGGACUUAUCGUACGGCACGUACGGCGGCCAGCCCUCUGGCGCCGGUCCAUUUAACCUGACGGACAGCGCAGACUUGGACUCUACGGACGGCUGGAUGGAUGAAUUUUUCUCCUAGCCGAUAAUGAAGGGACACUUUUCAUGGGACUGGUAGCAGAUAAACGUAAAGGGGAUUUAAAAAAAAUAAAGACAAGGCAAUGUGUGUUGUUUUUGGAAAAUGUCAUGGUUUAGGGGGAGGAAACAGGUCUCUUGUGUAUGCAGUGCAGGCAUUGGGGAAAGGACCUUUUUCCUAGGUGAACUCGGUCAAUUUUGUCAUUGUUCUGGAGCUGAAUAGUCCGAAGAGAGCAAGAGAUUUUAUUUCCAUUUUUUAGAAUGGCAAAUCUUUUCCUUUUCAUAAAAAGUUGAAUCGAUCCCUCAGAAUUCUUAGCUCAGUAUCUUCCUUAAAUGGAUUUAAAGAAAAAUUAUAUAUUUUAAGAGACACUGCUUAUAUUACUUCCAGGACCUAGAAAAGGUGAGAGUGGAGAUUUUAAAGAACACUGGGGGAGUAUGUUCAUUCAGCUUUUAUGAUUGUUUUAUAUUUGUUUUUAUUUUAUUUUAUUCGGUAUGACACCUAAAAGUCUUCGUGCCACCAAGAUAGCGUGUCUGUAAACAAAUUCGGAUUAUCACAGAUGGAUUUAAUGGUCUCUCUGAGGGAGCGGUAGAAAAUACUGUUGUCAUUCAUUCAUUUUUUUUUUUAUUCAGUCGUUUUGUAAGUGGCUUGUGUUAAGUUUAUACUGUGAAAACGGCCACGGAGCGAUCUCGUCUCUUUGUGAGGAACUGGAGCAAGCCCCUGUCAGUGUGGGCUGUUGCUAGGCAACCGGCAUGAGGCAUUGCCUUCGGCUGAGUUUCCAUGUACAUCCUACUGUGAGGGACCCGGCGGCUACCCAUAAUGCACCGGGGCUGGAGUGGAAUAAACAAAGGUUAAGUGGCAGCUAUGGGAGGGUGAUCACAGAGCUUUAUAUUUAAAGUGUAACGUUUUAAUUGGUAGGUGAUGAAUGUAUAAGCCACCACAAGUGACUUUGUCUUUUUUUAUUAUAAAAUUAAAGAUUUUGCAUUAUCCUUAAAAGCCUAAAUAGUCCUUGAAACGUGAGUCUUCAGAUAACUCCUCGCAUUUUGCCAUCUCUCUCCCCCGACUGGUAAACGACUUCCGUGUUUGCGUUUGUUUGCAGGGGUGGCUUUUGUUUCACUUCAUGAGAAGGCGUGAACUGGCACCUCCUCGCCACACUCUCGCUAAAUCCCUCAUAAAACCCUUCAACGCCGUUUCUCCACACAAAAUCUAACGAUUGAUAAACUCGUUUAUCACUUACUUAUUCCGAGCCGCGCGACGACAGCGACGAGCACGCUGGUGCGUAACGGCAGCCGUAUAAACAUUCGCAGCUUUUCGCGUCCUGUCCGUCCCUUUUCUUUAAGAACUCGUGGCUGCACAGGCUGGAAUUUUGAGUCCUCCCAUUGCGUGAAUGCUGUCCUUGUCCUCCCGCCGUGAAAAGGCAGACCGGAGCCCCACUGCCCCAGUUUUAUGGCCCCUUCCCCCGCCACAAUGGCGCACAUUAUAGCACACACUGUCGUGGUGUUGUUGCCGCUAACAGUCACCUUGUUGUCUUCCCGCCUGGCGCUCUGUUAAGCUACAGAGAAACUGGCUACAUCGCCCCAGGGAUGCCCAUUCAGGCUGCUACAGCUGUGGUUAUUCUUCUGAGCUGAUCCUUUGUCCUUCACCCCGUCCAAAUAAGUAUAGAUAAAUAGGUCAAUUCUGUAUGCCAUAGAACACCAUAGAUUACAUCUAUGGUUUUGAUACCUGGGUGGCAGAGUGGCUCAGUGGGUUGCCUCACAUCUCCAAGGUUGUGGGUUCGAGUCCCACUUACAUAUUUUUGUGGAGUUGGCAUAUUCUCCCCUUGUCGUGUGGGUUUGAGUAGUUGGCAUCUCUAAAUGUUCCAUCAUGCAUCACUGUGUGUGAGAUUGUUUUAUGUGUAUGUGUAAGGUUUAAUGACAUAGACUCACAACCUGCUACAGGAGCCUCAAGCCAGGAUCCCGAUCAGAAUCACCCCACAGAUUAAAAAAAAAGAACAUAAAUUUAACACAAACAAAACGGCACAGCUUCCCAGAAAAAAGAAAUCAAAUGUAAAAUAAAGUUUAGAAGCUCAACUCAAAUAGAACAAAGCCUACACUGAGCCUGUGGGCCUUCAUAUAUAAAAUUUUAUUAUUACAUUAUUGACAAUUUAAUGUCUGUUUAUACAGCACAUCAUUGUGAGCCGUCUUUGUUCAUUACGCCUGAAAAUCAGUGUCAAGACAAACUUCUAUAUUUAAUUUUUUUCCAUUUAAAAUAUUUUGUUUGUUGGAGCAGAAAUUCUUUUCCCCCUUCCCCUCCCAAAGAGUUUUUGUUUGUGAUUUUUGUUUUUUGAUUUUAACCCGUUUUCGCCUCUACGCACCCGCGUGCAGACUCCAUUCGCCCGUAGGCUGGACAUCUCUUGUUCUGGAAAUAUUUCUAUCGCUGUUUCAUGUGUGGGAGAGCGACAGAUGAAAUUAAAAAGAAAAGAACUUUUUAGAAAGAAAAAUAAAAGGAGAGAGAAAAAAAAGUCACUUCGGCAGCUGAUAGCGUUGCAGGCGACCGACUCACAGCUCAGUGCUUGAAGAAGAGAUGGUUCAGAGCUUCCCAAGAAAGUUAUGGAUCUGGGACCAAGAAAAAGAGACGUGAUUUUUUUUCCAUUUUUCUCUCCCUCAGUCUUUUUGUUCUGGUGCUGAAGUACAUGUGAUGUUAAAGAAAUUAUAUAUAAAAGAUUAAAGUUAUUUGUAAAUAUGUUUUUACAGGCUAAAACGUCAGAUAGCUGGCAACAAAAUUUAGAGAAAUUGCAAUUUCUUUAAAAUUUUACUUUUAUUUUUAUUUCUUUUAACCUCACAUUUAAACGCAUCUGAGCUCCACCAUUGCACUUCAAACAAUGUCUUACUACUAAUUUGUACUGUAAACCUAUUCUGUUUUUUUUUCUAGUUUUAUGAGUUCACUCUGUACCUUAAGCAGUGCUUAUUUCUUUAUCUUGUAUAGAAUUAUGAAAUGUUAAUUCGAGAGAAUUAU